AUGGCUAUAACACAACAACAACAAGUGCGGCUCAGACCACAUUUGGCUUUAAGACUGCCUGAAAUCGUAAAUCACAUACUGUCCUACCUGGUAGUUCCCUAUCAAUCUGACGACAGCAACAAACCAAAAGCCUAUCAGCACAUCCAUGCUUGUUUAACCGUCAAUGUGCUCUGGCAUGAUUGCGCUACUCGACUGAUCUGGAGGCACAUUACCUUUGAAGAUUCUAAAUCAGAGCUUGAGGCCUUUCUCAAGUUUGCGUCUGCUCUUACCAACCACUCGAAGCCAUCGUUCACACAGCCCAUGGAUCUGUCGGCGAGCUCAUUAGCUGCUGGUCUGGCUAUUGCUGCACCCAAGUCCUCCUCCGUCAUGUCCCUGCUCACAGACAGACGCUUGAACCUACUGAAGCCUACAAAGUCAGACAGCAUGCAACGCUACAUCAACCUCCAAACAAGAGCCAUGGACGAUCUUGACAUGAACCGAGAUCCCCUAUUUCUGAAUUACAACCACAUGCCACAACAGCAGAGAAACACCAGAUCCCAAACAUCAUACCACCGUCAACAGCAGCGGCAAACACAGCAACUGUACCAGUCAGCACUGGCACAUCAGCAUCAGUAUAGAAACGCAGUGCGAUCCAUCACACUAAGAAAGAUCAAGGACAAGUCUAUCAACGAGCCACUGCAGCAGAUAGGCCGGCACACACAUAAACUAGAAAAGCUGGACAUUUAUAUUUGCGAUCAUCUAUCUGACAGCUCCAUCUACACAUUCAUUACACACAACAAUCAGUCAUUGACCUACCUUUCCUUGGCUGGCUGCAACAAGAUCACAGACGAUGCUGUCCUUAGAGUAGCUCAGCACUGUCCCAAGCUAGAACACCUGGAUUUGCGGGCCUGUGGUCUUAUAUCCGACGUAUCCAUUCAAUCCAUUGCUGAGAACUGUCCCAAUCUGCAUCAUUUAAACGUGGGCCGUGUCCGAGAUAGAGAGAAGAUUACUAUGCAAUCCAUCAAUUUGAUAGCACAAAAGACAAAAGUAGCCGUCUUGGGACUUGCUGGCUGCGAUAUGACAGACGAAUGCUUGAUCCUGCUAGCCAAAUGUCGUGGUAAAGGACUGGAGCGCAUCUCUGUAAAUAACUGCCAUCGUAUCACCAACAAAUCUAUACGAGCUUAUGUCGAUUACUGCCCCAAUCUGUCCGUGUUUGAAAUGAAGGAAUGCCACUGGAUUGACGACUGGGCCUCUGUGGCAGAGUUGGUGCAGAGAAAGGUGCUAUUGACAUUAUGUGAUCAGCAGAAUAGAGCUUGUGCUGAUUGGGCUCGUCGAAGUGGGCGAAUCAUGGAGGUGAAAGCGCCAGUGAAAUGA